AGUUAGACUGGCACACAAUCUUUUAAAAUUUUCCAAGUAUGAACUUCUGAAGAUCUUUCUCACUCAGAGGCUGGACGCUUACUUGGAUUUCGAAGCUGCAAAUUCAGCAUUAUUAAAAAGCUAUGGACUUGUCCAUGAAGAUUGUAUAUCAAAAAUGAGGUUAAUGUCGUUGGUAGAUCUUAGCUUGAAUGGAUCUAGUCAAAUUCCUUAUUCUAUCAUCAAGGAUGCAUUGCGGAUUGAUGACAUUGAGGUAGAAUCUUGGGUUGUUAAGGCAAUUACAGCUAAGUUACUUGACUGCAAGAUUGGCCAAAUGAAUCAAGUAGUAAUAGUGAGCCGAUGUACGGAGCGAUGUGUUUGGUUGUAUCAGUGGCAAGAGCUCCGCUCAAAGCUUACUACUCGGAGGGGUAACAUUGCGGGUGUUAUCAGCACGAUUCAAACCAACAAGAUAACAGAAGAUAGCGCACAACAAAUGCAAGGAUUAGCGAUCCGCUGAAUUUAGCUAUUAUUUUUUGUCAUCUUUUUUGUUCGGGGCAAAGAUAUGCUUAGAAGAAGCACUUUUGUUUUGUCUGUCAAGUUUUCAGCCCUGUAGUUCUAUGUGAUAAUGGUUUUCACUUUGUACUAUUAAGUUGAUUCCAGUAUUUGGAACUAGUUAACUUUUUAUCCUACAGUUUCACUUGUUAGGAUAUUCUCAUAAGCAGAAGGAACUUCUUCUAGGGUCUAUGUUGCCAUUCCCUGGCUGCAAAA